AUGUCUGAAUAAUAAAAGCAGCCAAAUAUUAUCAAUUGCUUCUAGUAAUACAAGCAGGGCAUUCAGAAUGCUUUCAAAAUAUUGGAAGAGGUAGAUUUUGAAAUGCCAGAGGAAGAGGUGAAGCAAAAAGUUCAAAAGCAGGUAAUGUCUGUAAUCCAAAGUUUAGAUUGAAGAUUAAAAAUAACCGAUUGAACCUAAAUUCAUUUCACAAGCAGAUGUAAAAAGAGCGCUUGAGAAUUUUGAUAAAUUAAUUUGUUAAUUAUAAUUAGUAACACCAUUAUAUAGUGAUCCAAAAUAGUACAAUUAUCAAUAAUUAGUUUAAAUUUCGAGUCAAAUGAUAGGACUAAAAGGUAGACUUAGAUGAAGCAUCAAUAAAUGUGGGAUCAAAUCAAGUUGUAAUAGAAGGAUCGAUUUGCGAGGUUUUAAGAUUAGGAGAUCGUGGAAAGUAUACUAGAAUUAGACUCUUAAUUAAAAGAGGAUUAUGAAUAUAAUUUCUAAUUUUCAAGUGGCAGUCAAAAAAAGACAAUUUAAAUCAAAUAUCACGAUGUUUUAAAAUUAAAUCCACCCAAUUAUUUGAAUGAUGGAAUUAUAAACUUUUAUUUAAAAUUUAUCGAGUUCGAAUUACUCGACGAAUCCUUGAGGUCCAAAACCUACAUUUUUAACACUUAUUUUGUGGAGAAACUAUGUCCCUUUGACAAAUUGCAGACAAUCUAAUAGAAUGACAAUCAUAGAAUAAAUGAGUUGUUCAAACAAUCCUAUGAACACAUAAAGAGAUGGGUCAAAGAAGAUUUGACUGAGAAAGAAUACUUGCUAUUUCCCAUCAAUUUGCCUGAACAUUGGUCUCUCCUGAUUGCUCAUAAACAAAGCAAAUCUUUUUAAGAUUCUGUUAUCAUAUACUUGGAUAGUUUUGGAAUCAUAGAUUAAAAGUUAGUUACAAUAAUAAAGAUGUAUGACUAUUCAUAUUGUUAAGGUAUCUACAUAAAAUGCAAUGCGAUAAAAUUUAAUCUGAUGUCAAUUACAAUGAUUCUCCAAUCAAACAAAUCCCUGCCUAUCAACUGUUGGUGCCUCGACAAGUGAAUUAUGUAGAUUGUGGAGCCUUCCUUCUAGAAUAUGCAGAAUCGUUCUUGUCCAAUCCAAAUUAUCUCCUAUCAGAUUUCGAAUCCCCAGAAGGCAUUUACAAAUUGAAACUCUUCCCAAGGACACUCGUUAACAAAAAGAGACUCCUAAUGAAACAAUUACUGAUUGAACUGGUUGAAUUGGGCAAGGAACAGGCUCUGGUGAAUUACAAAUAAAGAAGAUAGGAAAUAAUUGAGAGUUGCUGUAAAUAAUGAAUGCAUCAUCCUAUUAGAUACAAAUGAAGACGAAUACGAUAAGAUAGACUAGGAUUUGUUCAAAGAGUUCCUGAGUCAGAAGAAUUCCAUCAGUGUGAACAGUGAAUAGUAAAGAUCUAUGUUACUGGACUUUUACAUGAAUCCGCAAUAAAAUUAUUAUGAAUAAUGA